GAAUUAUUAUUGGCACGAAUUUGGAAAACUUUAGUGAUGUAUUAAAUAAUUAUAGUUACGGGUCUGGCCCAGUAAUUAAGUGCUUCCAACGUCACGGUAUUGACAAAUCGUGAUUUUAUGCAUAAUGUGACAGUUGUUAGUGAGUUAACCUACAAAUAACCGAGAGUUAUUUUUUGAUAAUUUCGUAAUUAUAUGUUGAAAUGGCUGAAGGAAGUUAUAUGGAUAACAUUUCGACUUUUGUCGCCCUACCAGUGGAUACUUUGGAAAAUAACAUCCUCCAAAAACCUGAACAAUUUCGCAUAAUCAAAAAUGCAAUCAUUAAAAAAUUAUCUGAUGGUUCAGUUUGUAUUAUAGACGCAAAUGAGGUUAAUGAAGGAUUGCCACAAGAAAUCGAAGUAACUUAUUUGCCCCCUGUUGACGUUACGCCGGUGGCUAACGCCACUCCAGACAAGCCAACAGUAACUGUAAAUAAGGAAACUUCACCUAAACAAACAUACAAGUGUUCCAAAUGCAAGGAAGUGUUCGAAAAACUUGUCUUAUAUCGAAAACACAUGAUGUGGCACCGAAGUAUAAAAAAAUUCAAAUGUGAGAAAUGUUCAGUAGGUUAUAAUGUGGAAACAAAUUUAAAAAUUCAUAUGGCAAUGCAUAGUGAAGGGAAGCCUACUUGUCCAAUUUGCAAUAUUUCGUUUCAAAGAUUGGCAAGUUUAAAAUCUCAUUUAAUGUUGCAUCAAGUUGAGGAAUUGUGCACUUGUGAAGAAUGUGGAGCUGAAUUUGAAAAAGAAGAAGAAUUAGAAAAACAUUUUCAUAGUCAUUUGGAAAAUACCGCCAAGGAAAAUAAUAAUUUGGUUUGUACUUACUGUAGUGUUCAAUUGGAUGAUCAAAAAAGUUAUAAAGAGCACAUUUCACAUCAUGUCAAGGUGAAGAAGAUGGUUUUAUCGGGAAAAAAAUCCCGCAAAACCCACGGCAACAAAGAAUACCCUCACGUGUGUAACAUUUGUUCGAAAAGUUUUUCGCGAGUUUCGCUCCUGGAAAGACACUCACGUAUCCACAGUGGAGAAAAACCUUUCCUUUGUCAAUACUGUUUUCGUGGUUUCAACCAAAAAGGCACUCUACAAAUUCAUUACAGUAAACAUACGGGGCAUAAACCAUUCCAGUGCACUUUAUGUUCGGCGAAAUUCAGCCAAAAAGGCAAUCUUCGGGUACAUGUUGAAAAAACACACACAGCGCCUUUACCAGGCGUUAAAAUGUAUAAAUGUUCACACUGCACUUGCAUUUUUAAAAAAAUUGCCUCUUUGAACGUCCAUAUCACGAAGUUUCAUUCAAACGGCGAAGACUCCACGAGUAUUUCGAGUGUAAUGAAUCAGUUGAAAGAACUGGAACAAGUAGCAAUGCCUUCUUCACACAGUGAGACUGUACAGGAAAAUGAACGUGUUGACGAUCCCAAUACAAGUUUUGUCAGAUUGGCUGAAUCGUUCCUUGAUGGAACAGUCAGACGAUAUUUGGUGAAGCAGAAGAAAGUGAACGAUGUCAGAUGGUACAUUUGUAACUACUGUAACAAAGAGUUCAAAAAACCGUCGGAUCUUAUCAGACAUACAAGGGUUCAUACGAGGGAAAAACCAUUUGUGUGUAACAAAUGUGGUGCCUCGUUUUCCCUAAAAACGAGCCUUUUUUCACACGUUAAAACCCACCUUGGGAAUAAUAACUACUUUUGUUCGAUUUGUAUGAAAAAAUUUUCGUCGGCUCGUUCGGUUAACUUGCACUUGAGGAGACACUCGGAGAAGCCACAAUACAAAUGUUUAUCUUGCAACAAAAGUUUCAGUUCGAUUCAAAAAGCCAAACUCCACUAUAAAGAAGCUCACAGUGGACGAUCUGAAAAAGACUCGGAAAUAAUUCUGAAGCAACCUUUAGUUAACACACCUGAUGGUUUAUUACCAGUGCCACCACCAAAAUCCGUACAUUCAACAAAUUCAAAACAAAUCCAAUGUCCGAUUUGUUGUGUACGAUUUAGUAAAGUACCGAAUUUAAAACGUCAUAUGCUGCUACAUAACGGCGGAAAAAAGCACAAGUGUGGUCAAUGUAUGAAGUCGUAUUAUACAGCUCAUGCUUUGAAGGAACAUGUGUUGUGUCAUUCUGGUGUUAAAAAUUUCGGAUGUAAAGUGUGUGGGAAAAAAUAUACAACGGCUUCGUUAUUGAAGAGACACACUCUCAGUCACAGUACGAACAAGCCUUAUGUUUGUCCAUACUGUAGCAAGAAUUUUAAAAGUGUUAUGUUGUGUCGCAAACAUAUGAACGUACACAAGAAGGAUCUACAGAUCACUGUUCAAAACAUAUCUAAUGAAACCAAAAAUUUGGAUAUUGAUAAACCAAAGCUACUUCUUAUACCUGAUUCGAUAUCCAACUCUGGUUUAUUAACAAAUAACCAAGAUCCUCUAGAAACCACUAAUCUCCAGUUAAUUACUCAACCAAAUGUGAACGAAAUUGUGAAUCCAACUGACCAACAAUUUUAUGAAAUAACACCAAACUCUAUCCAAAUAAUUACAAACAGUGACAAGGAUCUUGUCCAAGAUCCCAACCAAAUACAGACUAUUUUCAUCAAUUGCGACAAUUUACCAUUGGGCGAUAACUUGUAUUCAACGAACACAAAUUCAGUUUUGUUUGAUCCAAUGAAUGAAAACACUUUCAAUAUUAAUGCCUUGAAUGGAGAUUUUUCAACACAAAACACCGAAACAUUUAAUGAUGGACAAACCAAUAGCACUUCAACCGAUAAAGUUUCGAAUGAUAAUCUCCUAACUACCAACAUACCAUUGUAUCCACAAUCUGAACUCAAUCUACUGUUCAAUCUAGACACUGAAUUCGUUUCAAACAAUUGCGAUUUACCUGAUAUUAAUAUAAACGAAGUGCCUGACUUAAACGUCGAACCUGCGAAAGAAAACGACGAAGCGAAAAAUCGAAUGACUUGCGAUAAAUGUAGCAAAGUGUUCACUAACAAGAAAACUUUUUUGAAACAUGUUAACAGCCACAAAGACCGGCAAAAAGUCGCCGGUUUCCACCAGUGCAGUUUCUGUGAGAAAAGCUUCAAGAAACACUCUGAUUUGAUACGCCACAUUCGCACACACACGGGGGAAAAACCGUUUGCUUGUGACAAGUGCGAGAAAAAGUUUUCACUAAAAUCAACUCUAUUGUCGCAUCAGCGCACUCAUAAUCCGAUCAGUCACAAACAGUUUAAUUGUGUCGUUUGUAACUCAUUUUUCACGUCAAAGUCUAGCCUCAAGGUGCACAUGAGUGUGCAUACAGGUGAUAAAAGCUAUAAGUGUAGUUUUUGUUCGGCUAAAUUCCGAACGGCGGCUCAUCGAAAAUCGCACGAGAAUAAUUAUCACGUGAAUCCGUCAAAGAAGAAAACGAAAAACAAAGUUACGAAUUUGCUCGAAUCCGUUGCAAUGGAUGUGUUGGGACAAACGGAGCAAACUGAGCAAAGUGAACAAGUUGGGGGUUUGGAAAAUGUUCUUGUGGUGCAGGAGCCGUUAAAUCUUCUGGAUGAUUCCGGUCAGAACGCAUUAACCGAAUCGACACAACUCGAACCGUUACUUUUGCAACAGUUGCAAUCGAAUUUUUUGUUGCAAUAUAAUUUAGUUUCGUCGUCUUUGAUUCAACUAGACGAUGGGACACUUGUUAAUUUUAAAACGGUUAACACCGAUCAAGACUUAUUGCAAGAAACGGUUAAACCGCCAAGUGAACCAACAACACCAGCCGAAAAACUGAGGAAUUUGGAAUGUGACAUUUGUCACAAGAAAUACGCGUCUAAAGAUGUUUUAAGGAAACAUAAAAAAAUCCACGGUGUGGAUAAGAAGUUUAGGUGUACGAAGUGUGAAAAGGGAUUUGAUACGGAGGAGGAUUUGGAGAAGCAUAAAAGGAUACAUGAGGGGUAUAGGCCAUAUUCGUGUUUCUAUUGCGCUAAUAGUUUUUCAAAAGAGCAUAGUUUGGCAACACAUUUGAAAAGGAUUCACAAUGUUUCGCUCAAGGAUAAUCUUUUAUUGUGUGAUCUUAAAUAAAAUGAAUUAUGAAGAGUUUAGGUCAUUGGAAGUGUACAUAAAAUUUUAUUUAGUAUUAAUAAUUUAUAAAUACAUAUAUGUUUU